CUCGGGGUUUUAAUCUACUAGUACUCUUUUUUCUUUCUCCUCAGACUGACUGCCAAUUGAAUGACCUUGAAUUACCCUGACUCAUCCUCCACUUCCCCCUUCACUUUUAUUCCCCCCUCCCCUCCUGUUCACUAAUAUCGGAUAACCAUGUCUUUCUGGAGAGAAACGUUCCUCAGUUUUCGUCAUGCCGUGCCGAAGACCGUCUCCGGCGAUCGCAUAUGCCGCGCUCAAUCGAAACGGUUUCUUACCCAUUCCUCACAGACUUCUCGGGUGACCGCUCCUGUCCGAUUCUCAUUGCAGAUUAGCAGACCCUGGUUCCCUAUGAGUCAAGCGCGGUCAUGGAACGGAUCGAACCCAGGAUGUCGAAGCUUUUCGGCCACUGCGGGAGUUCAGCACGGCCAUAUCACACCUCCGAAGCCCGGGGAGGAAAUUAACGUCUCUUUCAUUGAUAAAGAUGGCGAAAAGUAUGAUUUCCAAGUAUCCGAGGGAGAUAAUUUGUUGGAUAUUGCGCAGGCCAACGAUCUUGAAAUGGAAGGAGCUUGCGGCGGCUCAUGCGCCUGUUCAACAUGCCAUGUCAUAGUGGAGGACCCCGACCUUUUUGACAAGAUGGAAGAACCAUCCGACGACGAGAACGACAUGUUGGAUUUGGCAUUCGGGUUGACCGAGACAUCUAGGUUGGGAUGUCAGGUCGUCAUGAACAAGGAACUUGACGGACUAGUUGUCCGUUUGCCCUCCAUGACCAGGAACUUGCAGGCAAGUGACUUUGAACCAAAGAAAUAAAGCCGGCAAGGACACUGUAUCGUGAUGUGAUGGCAUCAGUUGGGAGAUAUGUAAGACGUGUUCAAGCAACGCAAUGAACCAGCAGUCGGAACGAUUAUAUAAUAUCGGAUGAUGCCGUGGGAUGUAAAUGUAUAUUGUACUAUUGGGUAUUCUCAUCUUCAUUCUAUUUUGCAAUAGUAUGUAAAUAGAAAUAACUUUUAAUCCAAACGUGCAAUUGACUAAAGAAGGGAAAAAAGAGAAAUAGCAUAAGGAACAAAAAUCCCCCAACGCCUUAAAGAUGCCUAGUUCUUAAACAUGUACAAAGCUUCAUUUAGGCUUCUUCGAUAUUCAAAGGCUUGCCCUUCUUCCCGCUGAUCAGUUCCAGAAAUCCU